AUGUCGUACCAAUACUCUCAUCAAGAUCACGGCCACCCCCCUCUGCCUCCCGACUGGAGGGCCCAAUGGGUGCCGGAAGAGAAUCAAUAUAUGUUCAUCAACGAGCGCACUGGUCAGCGAUCAUGGCACCAUCCUGAAGUACCGCAUUCCGGCGGAAACUACGGGUCCGGCACUAGAGAUAUUGGAGGACCUCCCAGCCAAGGUGGCUACGGCGGUCCUCCUCCGGGGGGUCGUGGUUACGGCGGCGGCCCUCCUCCACCAAGCAAUCGUGGCUAUGGUGGUGGUCCGCCUCCUCCGGGCUCUGGAUACGGCGGCCCUCCCCCSCCAGGCGGCCGUGGAUAUGGUGGUCCUCCCCCUCCUGGUUACGGCAGUCCCUCUCCGGGCGGUCGAGGCUACGGCAGUCCGCCUCCUCCACAGGGUUAUGGCAGUCCCCAUCCUCCACAGGGUUAUAAUACACCACCUCCUCAAGGAUAUGGAAGUCCAGCACCUGCACAGCAGAAGAAUCACAACAUGGCAUACGGUAUCGGCGGUGGCGUUCUCGGUGCCGCAGUAGGUGCCUGGGCAAUGCACGAGCAUGACAAGCACAAGGAAGAGGAGAAAGAGGAAGAAUGGCGCGAAGAAGAGAAACGCCGGGAACAACGCGAACAUGUCCGAGAACGUGAGCAGGAGCGUGAGAUCCAGGAACAGCGCCAAGAAUUAUACGACGAGCAGCGCGUAGUCCAGCGCGAACGCGAUGAGCGCUACGAAGCCGAAGCUCUUUAUGAGAAUGAACGCCGUUAUGACGAGGAGCGUCGCUUUGAUGAUGAAAGACGCUUUGAGGAGCGGGUUGAGGAUGAAAGGCGCUAUGAUGACGAAAGACGUUUUGAGGACGAUCGUCGAUUUAUCGAAGACGAGCGGAUUAUCGAUGAUGAACGCCGUUUUGAGGACCGAUAUGAUGACCGAUGGUGA